UGGCGAAACGUCAAGCAAGAAAAAGACAGCGGCUCGAGAAGAGGAUAGCCUGUGAAUCACAUAUCCAAACCAAAGGAAAAAAAGUUGAAGCAAAGUAACGGGACGGUAUUGUAAUACUGGAAAUAUAUUAAAGAAACGUUGAAAAUUGAAAAAAUGGAACAACUGAUACAGAAUCAAAUGAUCUCGGCUGCGGUUCAGCUGGAAAAGCAUCUCGACAGUGAGCUGGAUCGGCUGGAAAACCUGAACACGGACGAUCUGGACAAGCUACGGGAACAGCGCAUUCAGCAACUGAAGAAACAGGCCCAGCAGCGGCAGGAGUGGAAAAGCAACGGCCACGGCGAGUAUUCGGAGCUGGCCGACGAGAAGGAAUUUUUUGCGGUUUCGAAAAAGUCGCCCAACAUUGUGUGCCACUUCUAUCGCGAUUCGGCACCCCGGUGCCGCAUCGUUGAUAUGCAUCUCAAAAUUCUGGCCACAAAACACUUGGAAGCGAGGUUCUGCAAGGUAAACGCGGAACGCUGCCCCUUCCUCACAGAGCGCCUUCGCAUUAAGGUGAUACCGAGCAUCGCGCUGAUAAAGGACAGCAAAACCAAGGACUACAUCGUGGGCUUUACCGAUCUGGGGAACUGUGAUGAUUUCAGCACCGAGAUGCUCGAGUGGCGCAUCGCCCAAUCGGGUGCGAUCGAGUACAGCGGCGAUCUCCUGACACCACCGGAUGUCAAAAAGCAAAAGAAACCGAGCAAUCUAAAAACCAUCCGUGGCGGGUACGAUUCGGAUGACUCCGACAUUGACUUCGACGAUUAGAUGCCGGACGCCGGAUCCAUUUCUUCGUGACCUGUGUGUUCCGGUGAGUGGAAGGCGAAAGACAUAGGGCAAUCGGUUAGAUGGAAGGAGUGUUACCUACCUGUUCGAGGGUGAGAAUGUAUCCGAGGGAAAGCAAAAUGCUCGAUUCCAUUCACUGCGAAUAAGUAUAGUUACAAAUAUUGUCGAAAACAAACACAUCCCACAAACCCACACCUUCGCACAGGUAUCGCCCGUUGGGGGUCGUUAACUUUUGCUUCGAUUUAUAACUAAAACUUUUAGGACAUAAAAUACCGAAUAAUCAAAUUCUCUCCCCCCGUAGCCGUGGAGAAAAAAGAAACGUCUCCUUGCUCACGUAGUGAGACGAACAAUCUUAUCAAGCGACGAAGCAUGGUUGUUGGCAAAAGAAAAAUGUUCGGAAACGUAUUUGUAGAAGAAAUCUUUUUGAGUUUUCUUUUUCCAAAAUAGGCAGAGAACGCAAAACGAAACAUAAAUCACAGUAUUUUACUUACGCCGUCGUACUACUGCACGUGUUUAAUAUUGAGUUUAUCAGUAACAUUUGUUUUUUCCCCCUAAUCAGUAGCGGCAGCAGCAAGGAACAAAAUCAGGCCAGAGUGUGUGGCUUUUAGCGCUUGAAAAUUAAAAACUCAGACCAAUCAACAAACAGAUCUGGUGGGUCCCCCAUUUAGCUACGAAAAUCAUCCACUCCUGCGUGUGAAGAGUUUCGUUUGAUUUAAGUAUACUUUGGACCAUAACAAGGAUACAAUUCUUAUGCUUACACUAACGUAAUGAUGUACUCAUUAUAGGGAUGAAUAAAUCAGCUGAAGAAGUGUUCUUCUAGUACUAUGAUUUGUA